AUGGCUUCUGAUGAUGCAUCUGCUUCUCGCACUUCUGAAACCGUCGCCACGUUCGACCCGGCAACACCGCAAAAGUCAUUGAUCUUUGUCAACAUGUCUAAUAUCACCAAGCUAUCACACUCCAACUAUAUUACGUGGAGUAUUCAAGUGCGAUCUCUCCUUGAGGCUCAUAAUUUAAUUUGUUUCAUUGAUGAUACUCUCACCGUGCCUUCUGCCACCGUUAUUGCUGAUGGAAUCAGCGUUGAUAAUCCUGCUUUUGCACCUUGGAAACAGCAAGAUCGUAUGUUAUUCAGCACACUUCUCGGCACCAUUGUCGUCGAACUUCAGCCCCUCAUUGUCCGAUCAGCCUCUUCAGAUGAGUUAGCUUUACUUGGAAAACCGAUGGAUCACGAAGAUGUACUCGAAGCGAUCCUUGAUGGUUUGCCGGAAGAGUUCAAACCUGUAAUUGAUGUUGUUCAGGCUCGGGAUACUGCUAUUUCCAUCAGUGAAUUGCAUGAAAAGUUGUUGAAUCAUGAAGCCAAGCUUCACAUCUCGGCUUCGGUUCCUUCUGCAGCCUUUCCCGUUUCGGCUCACGCUGUUGAUACUCGGACACAACAGCAGCAUCGAUUCGGCCCUCGCCCUCCGUAUCGCUCUGCACCGCGACCGAUGUCUCGCCAGGAUCAUCGCUUUACUCCUCGGGGUUCUGCUCAGCACUCGCGCCCGCGAGGUUACCAAGGACGAUGCCAAGCAUGUGGCACCGUCGGACACAGUGCUAGUCGUUGUUACCAAUUCAACCUUGUUGCCGCUUCGGGAAGUUCUCCUGGCUCCGCCUCAUGGUCUCCUUCUCCAAGGUCGUGGCAGCCGAGAGCCCACGCUGCUGUUCAUUCUUCGUAUGAACCCGAUCAGUGGCUUCUCGACAGUGGUGCUUCGCAUCACAUUACUACGGAUCUUCACAAUCUUGCCAUUCACAAUCCUUAUUCCGGUGGUGAGGAUGUCGUCGUUGGUGAUGGCUCGAGUCAUCCGAUCACUCACACUGGUUCUAUCUCUAUCCCCACCUCGUCUCGCUCGGUUCAUCUUGACGAUGUUUUAUGUGUUCCGGGCUUGUGCAAAAAUCUGGUUUCGGUGAACAAGCUAUGCUCUACUAAUGAUGUUUCUGUGGUAUUUUCGUCUUCUGGAUUUCAGGUGAAGGAUCGCAUCACGGGGGCGCCAAUCCUACGAGGUCGAAGUAAGGAUGGAGUGUAUGAGUGGCCGUUAUCUGGUUCUCUAGUUGAGUCUCCUCAGGCUUUGUCGUGUUCUCAGUCCACUUUGUCCGAGUGGCAUCUUCGUCUAGUUUCUUCUCGUGUAUUUGUGUCACGUCAUGUUCAAUUCCAUGAAACUGUUUUUCCGUUUUCUGGUCUCACGAGUCAGUCCUCUCCUUCGUCUGUUGAACCUGUCUCCUCGUCUCCAGUGGCUCCCUUUGGUCGGCAUGUCACUGCGUUUCAGCAGCCACUCGUCGCUUCAUCCCCAGUUCAGUCCCCGGGCUCCGGUUCUUCACCGCCCGACUCAUUAGGCUUAUGCGAUAGUCCAGCAUUGCUGCUGCCAGCGGAUGGGUCUGCUCGUGAUUUAGACUCUUGUCCGACCCCUGCUGAUUCUGUUUCUGCAGAUCUCAUUGCUCCGGAAUCUGUAGAUGUUGAUGCGUCUGUUGAUUGUGUACCGAGAAAUACUCACCCGAUGCAGACGAGGUCCAAAAAUAAUAUUCUCAUGCCUAAUCCGAGGUACACUCUUAUGGCCUCUGUUGCAGAUACGUCGGACAUUGAACCUUCAUCCGUCACUCAAGCCAUUAAGGAUCCGAAUUGGCGCGCUGCUAUGACGGAGGAGUUUCAAGCUCUCUGUCGGAACAACACUUGGGAUCUUGUUCCGAGCUCUGACGCGUCUAACGUUGUGGGUUGCCGUUGGGUUUUUCGUAUCAAGCGUAAACCGGAUGGCUCGGUUGAUCGAUACAAGGCUCGCUUGGUUGCUAAAGGCUUUCAUCAACGCCCAGGCGUUGACUAUCAUGAGACGUUUAGCCCGGUUGUGAAACCCACAACUAUUCGUGUUGUUCUUAGUCUUGCUGUAUCUCGUGGGUGGACUUUGCGUCAGCUUGACGUGAACAACGCCUUCUUGCAAGGUAAUCUCAGUGAAGAAGUGUACAUGUCUCAACCUCCGGGUUUCAUCGAUCAUGCUUCACCACAGUUGGUCUGCAAACUUCGGAAGGCAAUUUAUGGUCUCAAACAGGCGCCUCGUGCCUGGUAUUCGGAGCUUCGUCAUUUUCUUCUCCAGAGUGGGUUUCAGAAUUCUGUCGCGGAUGCUUCAUUAUUUAUCCUUCACAUGGGCCCGGUUCAGUUGUUUGUACUCGUCUAUGUAGACGAUCUCAUUAUCACGGGGAGUUGCUCAACGCAUUUGGAAAAGUUUAUCUCAGAUCUUGCUGCUCGAUUUUUUCUGAAGGACCUUGGUAUGCUUUCUUAUUUUCUCGGUGUUGAAGCCUCUCGCUCGGACACAGGUAUCCUUCUCACUCAACGCAAAUACAUUGGUGAUAUUCUUUCUCGUGCUCGUAUGUCGGAAGCCAAACCUGUUGCAACUCCGAUGGCUGCGUCCUCUCGACUCACGGUGGUAUCUGGAUCAGCUCUUUCUGAACCGACAGAGUAUCGGGCGAUUGUUGGUAGUCUACAGUAUCUUUCCUUGACACGUCCAGAUAUUAGCUUUGCUGUCAAUAAGCUCUCCCAGUUCAUGCACUCUCCGACCGAUGAACAUUGUCAUCCGAUAUCGUGGUCCUCUAAGAAGCAAAAGGGUUUGUCUCGUUCUUCUACCGAGGCAGAGUAUCGUUCCGUUGCCUCAACGGCGGCCGAGGUUUGCUGGGUCGGCUCCCUCUUGUCGGAGCUUGGUUGUCCUUCCCCAUCCGCUCCAGUGAUCUAUUGCGACAAUCUCGGUGCUACAUAUCUCAGUGCGAAUCCUGUUUUUCACUCUCGUAUGAAGCACAUUGCCUUGGAUUACUUAUUUGUUCGUGGUCUUGUUGAGAGUGGCGAUCUUCGGGUAGCUCAUAUCUCUGCAGCCGAUCAACUGGCGGAUGCGCUCACGAAACCGCUCCCAGGUCCUCCUUUUCUUCAGUUGCGAGUCAAGAUUGGAGUCACCUCCGGUGCUCCAUCUUGA